AUGGGCUGUGUUUGCGGUACCCAAGCGCAUCGAUACGUUGAGGUUCGCCGGGUCUUCGAUGGCAGUUUGUUUCUCCAACUCAUCGCCCAAUCCGGCCAGAUUGCUGUCAUAUUCGAUGGAUGCGCGAGUCUCUUUGACUCGAACGGGACAAACACCUUAAGCAUCCGUGCAUUCAUGCCUCUCGGUCUCCUGUUAACAUCUGAAGUUUUUCUCUUCUGGAAAUCCGAAAAGGAAGUUAUCUGUCGAUAUGUGACUGACGGAGGGGGUGACGAGGUUGUACUGCAGUCCACCAUGUGUGCUCGAGUGGAGCUGCAGAAUCAAUCGCGGUAUUUGCUGCUGCCACCUCGGUCCUUACCCGAUGACAAGAAGGACUCGUCACUAAACGCUCUCACUAACGCAGACUUUAUCGGUCUACUCAGCACCAUACCAUUCUUCGCGAAUCUCCCCAAAGAAAAACUCGCAAUGCUCACGGAAAUGUCGACAAUACGCGUAUAUCCCAGCGACAGCGUCAUCUUCCGUGAAGACGAAGGGAUCAGUACUCAAAUGUUCGUCACUCUAGCUGGCUCUGUCGAGGUGACGAGCUCACGGGCUACUGGGCCCUUAGCGAAGCUAGAGGCAGGUUCAUUCUUUGGCGAAAUGUCGUUGCUGAUCAACAUCCCACGUGCUGCAACUGUCAAGGCGCUUGAAAGCUGCAUGUUGAUGAGCAUCGAGAAAAAAGCCUUCCAUAGUUUAUUGGAUCAGUGUCCCGACGCACGCCUGGGCGUGGAUAAACUACUGAAGGAGAGGCUUCUAUUGAAGGCGAUCUUGAGUGGAGUGCUGCCCUUCUUCGACUCGAUACCCAACGAGAGAAUGAUCCGCUUCAGUAACGAACUUGACAUCGAAGAUCAGGUGCACAAAGGCGACAUUGUACUGCGUCAACUGGACGAGAACGAUGCACACGAGUCGAAGUUUGUGUUUAUAGUGUACGGAGCGGUGGAGAUCACGUCUAAUCACCGAAAAACCAGCAAGUUCGGACACGACAGCUCCGUUUUCCUCACUCCAGGAUGCUAUCUGGGCCCCUUCACCUUUGAGCGCAUGAAUGUGAGUAAAGGGAAGGCAUUCGCACGGUCCUCUGCAGUUCUGUUGACUUGCUCCUUCAUUAAGAUCUUGAGGUUGUUUGAAGAGUUUCCAGCUGCUGGGGCCGCAGCAAAUAUUGCUUGGUUCGGUGAGCGCUGCGACUUUGCCAGCGUCUUACGUCACGGUCUCUUGACACAGAGAUUCCAGGCAUUUCUCGAAUCCGAACACAGUGACGAGAACUAUCUGUUCUUCCUGGAGAUUGAGAAGUUCCGCGUGAUAGAAGACAGUAAUGAGCGACGGGUAGUGUCGAACCAUAUUCGAGAGCGAUAUAUCCAGUCCGACGCCCCGAAAGAGGUGAAUCUCCCUGCAGGUAUACGCGACGGCAUCUUGGAGCAGAUGGACAAGUUAUCUCCCACUGCUAUCGUGGAGACCACGUUCUUCGACGAGGCGUGCGACGAGAUCAUGCGGCUCAUGGUGAAAGACAGUUUCCCUCGUUUCAAAAAGAGUCUGUACUUCCAGAACCUCGUCGAAACGCUAGACCCACACACCAAACGAAAAGGGUCCAGGCUAAUCGCCGCCUGUCACCAUUUCAGAGACUCGCUGCAAGUUCUGCGCCCCGGCCACGUCGACAUGAAGAACAUGCAGCUAGAACGCAUGAUGAGUACAAUUCAGAAGUCCCAAGCGCGAAGAGCUGUGUCCUCCGGUUUGGCACUUCCUCAAUGA